CAGCGGAGUCAGUGGGUGUGACCGGAGCAGCGCGUCACUCCGCCGGUAACCGGCGCUGCUGCUGCUGCUGAUGGAGAGUGAGACAGGCGGAAGGUGGGUGGGGACAUCCGAGCCAUUGUCGGGAUAAACGCACCUCACGCUCGGGCGACGGAACGCUGAGCUCGCGCUAAUCCACGGUGGAAGGGACGCGCAGGAGAAGAUUGAAUAAACAAUUCUUGUUUGGCCGAGGCUUCAUUUUAGGAAUCUGACACCAUGACUGCAGAGGAGAUUAUAAACAUUAAAGAAGCAGAGAUAAUCAAGCUGAUCCUGGACUUUCUGAACUCCAGAAAGCUGCACAUCAGUAUGCUGGCGCUGGAAAAGGAGAGCGGCAUCAUUAAUGGGCUUUAUUCAGAUGAUAUGCUCUUCCUGAGGCAACUUAUUUUAGACGGGCAGUGGGAUGAAGUUUUGCAGUUUAUUCAGCCUUUGGAGUGCCUGGAUAAAUUUGACAGGAAGAGGUUUCGAUAUAUCAUCCUAAAACAGAAAUUUCUGGAAGCUCUGUGUGUAAACAACGCCAUAUCUGCGUCAGAUGACCCUGAGAAUCUGGAGCUGACCAUGCAGGACGCGGUGAAGUCCCUCCAUUCCCUGGAAGAGUUCUGCCCGACCAAAGAAGACUACAGCAAACUCUGUCUGCUCCUCACGCUCCCGCGCCUCACCAACCAUGCCGAAUUCAAGGACUGGAACCCCAGUACGGCCCGCGUCCACUGCUUCGAGGAAGCCUGCUCCAUGGUGGCUGAAUUCAUCCCUGCGGACCGCAAACUGAGUGAAGCCGGAUUCAAGGCCAGCGGAGACCGUCUGUUCCAGCUCCUCAUCAAGGGAAUACUGUACGAAUGUUGCGUUGAAUUCUGCCAGAGCAAAGCGACUGGAGAAGAGAUCAGCGAGGAGGAGGUUCUCCUAGCUGUCGACGUUCUGUGCGGGAAUGGUUGCGAGGAACUGGACUUGAGCUUGCUUUCCUGGCUGCAGAACCUCUCGCCGUCAGUUUUCGCUUGUGCAUUUGAGCAGAAGACUCUCAGCAUCCACGUGGACCGGCUCGUCAAACCGGCCCGGACUGGUCAUGCUGACCUUCUCACACCUCUGCUCACCAAACUCUCGCCCUGCCCGGCAUCGCCAUUACACCGACCCCAAUCGGCGGAUACUUACAUGUCGCGGUCUCUCAAUCCUGUCCUGGACGGUCUGUCACACGGUUUGGUGGGAAGAGAAAAGAAAAGCACUGAAGGCGAUGGAAAAGCAACGGCCAUGUCACAGUCUUUCGCCAACUUUGGGUAUCCUUCUGGGGGAAAUGGAAGCAACGCCUUCAGUGGAUCGCCAGACAGAACACAAGCACAGGCCGAGAGGAUCAACGGCUCUGGAGAAACGAACUCACUGCGUCCUCCACUGACUCCUGGCAGGGAUGGAGGAGCCGUGGGUUCAGGUGAAACAUCAGAGGAGCAGCUGCAGGAGUUCCAGCGUCAGCGGCUGCGAGUGCAGCAGCAUCUUGAGCAGAAGCAGCAGCAGAGGCAGCUGUACCAUCAGAUGCUGCUAGAAGGUGGAGUUCAUCCUCCAGACCAGCCCACAGACGCAGCACAGCACAGUCUCACACAGAAGUUCCUGAACAGGUCCAUUCAGAAACUGGAGGAACUGAAUGUGGGAAUGGAAGAUCUGGGAGAAGACGUACAGGCUUUGGCCCAGCAGUGUAAUGGUACGGCAGUGAGCGGAGCCGGUAAACAGACCCCAGAGAGCGGCUCCGGCCGGAACAAGACGGCAGUGAUCAGCAGCACCCCUCAGAAAGGAGGAGGCCGGGGGGUGCCGUCUCUGGACGAGUCCCCAGUGCUGGUCAACCAGAGCGUGUUUCAGGACGAGAAACCCAAAUCCCCAUUCAUUGCAGUAGAGACGCUGGAGGACACACAGGCUGUGCGCGCCGUCGCCUUCCACCCGUCUGGGACUCUCUACGCAAUCGGCUCCAACUCCAAAACGCUUCGUGUCUGCACUUACCCACAGUCUCUCAAAACCAGCGCUGAAGCUCCAGUAAAGCAGCCUGACAUCUGCUUCAGACGUAUUAAGCACCAUAAAGGCUCUAUUUACUGUGUGGCCUGGAGUCCCUGCGGGCAGCUUCUUGCCACAGGCUCCAAUGACAAGUAUGUCAAAGUUCUUCCUUUCAACGCAGAAACCUGCAACGCCACAGGGCCAGAUCUAGAGUUCAGCAUGCAUGACGGCACCAUCAGAGACCUGGCGUUUAUGGAGGGUCCGGAGAGCGGAGGUGCCAUCCUCAUCAGCGCUGGGGCUGGAGACUGUAACAUCUACACCACUGACUGCCAGAGAGGACAGGGCCUGCACGCUCUCAGCGGACACACAGGGCACAUUCUGUCUCUGUACACGUGGGGCGGGUGGAUGAUUGCCUCCGGCUCUCAGGAUAAGACGGUGAGGUUUUGGGACCUGCGUGUGCCCAGCUGUGUGAAGGUGGUUGGGACGGCUGUGCAUGGAACAGGAAGUGCUGUGGCCUCAGUGGCAGUGGAUCCCAGUGGGCGGCUCAUGGCGACCGGAUUGGAGGACUGUCGCUGCAUGCUCUAUGACAUCAGAGGUGGUCGCAGCGUCCAGGCGUAUCGGCCGCACACCAGCGACGUUCGUUCUGUGCGCUUCUCUCCUGGUGCACACUAUCUGCUCACCGGCUCCUAUGACAACAAAGUCAUGAUCACUGAUCUUCAAGGCGAUCUCACCAAAAGCCUGCCGGUGACUGUGGUCGCUGAACACGGCGAUAAAGUGAUCCAGUGCCGAUGGCACACCAGAGACCUUUCCUUCCUGUCCUCUUCAGCUGAUAAGACUGUCACACUGUGGGCGUAUCAGCCUUGAUCCACAGUCAUCUGCUGACACACGCCACGUGGAAGAGCACAGAAACACUGAUCCUCCUGCACCCGGAUUUAGAAGGACCGUUAAAAGGUCAAAGUAUGUCAGUGUGUGUUUGAUUGUAUUUCUAUGUAAUGUCCUCCAGUAUACUCACAUGAGAAAAGAAAACCGACUGUUCAUUCUCAGCUCUAGUCAUGUCUACAUUUGGAAUUGCAUGUCUACUGGAAGAAACAGCUUUAUUGUCAAAUGUAUUGCAAUUAAAAAACUAACAGAUGCUUUUUCACUUUCAAACACGAAAAAUGCCACACUUGCAUCGCUUCUGUAUUUUGCUAUUUCGAGUGAAUGAAACAGUCCUGAAAAUGUGAGCUGAAUUGUGCCUUGAUGGUGUUCUCUGUAGUUACACUUAUUCAACUGAAUGUCUUGUAAAUAUGAGCUUUUGUAUAGGCCUCAAUGCUAAUCAAAGCAUAAAAGCAUUGUAUAGCACAUUGCACUAUAUGAACGUCAUACCAACACAGUUUAUGCAGCAUGAAUAUUCAUCUCUUCAUUUAAAUAAAUGUAAAUAAAUCAACAGCCCGUAAAUACUGAGGAUAAAUGUUUUGUGGAAGUCAUCCUCAGUGUUAUUCAGACGGUUUCAUGCAUUUUAGGAAUGCUUUUAUUUUGGAUUGUCAUUUUCCUAAUGCAUAUAUUUAUAUGCAUCACUUUUGCACAUCAAUUCAGCACCUUUUUCUAUUGACACAGAGGACAGAUGCAGUCAUUUGUUGUAUAAAGUAUGUGUUGGUAAUUUAUUUGAACAUGGAAAUAAACAGUUUUCGACUAUGGGAAUAA